CUUCCAAAAGAUCCCGUUCUAUCUUUCAACAAGCCGUCUCAUCAACCACUUCCAUUCGACAUCUAUUCCCCUACCCCUUAUCCUUCAUAACCAUAGCACAUCAUGAAAAUCGUCGCCCCUCUACUUGCCCUCGCUUUCGUUGCCUCGCAGGCCAUGGCUGUCGUCCCCAUCCCUGUCAAAGAAUGCAUCAAAACUGUCAUUGUCAAACCAGAAGACAAGACCUGCAUUGAUUUCGCAAAGGCUCAUGGUAUCACAUUUGCUGAUAUGAGAAGGUGGAACCUCAAGUUGCGUGGCGAUUGCGCCAAUUUGGAUGUUGGUCAACCUAUCUGUAUUGCUGUCAGUAGAGAACCCACCCCACCUCCUAAGCCCCCAAAGUCAACUCAACCUACUCAGUCUGUUCGUCCUACUCAGUCCUCUCAGUCUGUUCGUCCUACCCAGACUUCGCAGCCUAUUCGUUCUCCCCAGUCUUCUCAGCCUAUCCGUCCUACUCAGUCUUCUCAACCUAUUCGCUCUACCCAAACUUCGCAACCUGUUCGUCCUACUCAAACCUCCCAACCUAUUCGCUCUACUCAGACUUCUCAAUCUGUUCGUCCUACCCGAACUUCUCAAUCUGUUCGUCCUACCCGAACUUCUCAACCCGCUCGUCCUACCAAGCCUAGCCGCACUACUCGGCCAGCAAAACCCUCCAAGUCCUCCAAGCCCUCCAAGCCCUCCAAGCCCUCCAAGCCCUCCAAGAAGUCUCACAAGCCCAAGCCUUCCGGGAAGCCAAAGCAUCAGACGGAAUGGGGGCGCAGAGGUACCCGCGCCUAA